CCUAAAGCUAUCAACACCACCUCCAGCUGUGCUCCUCAAAACUCUUCUUUAACCAUUGUACUCCUUUUAAUUACUCACUCAGUGCUGCACCACUUAAACUUUCUCUCUCUAUCUAUCAUUCUGUUUUUCUCUCUAUCCCUGUGAAGCGUUUUAGUAAAAUGGCUGCAGCAGCUGCCCCAACUAAAGCUGGAGAAGCUUCACAGUUUCUGAACUACAAUACUUGGGUUCUCAAAGUUCCUAUUCACUGUCUGGGCUGCAAGAGAGAAGUCAAGAAGCUUCUACAGCGCAUUGAUGGAGUUUACAGCACCACUAUUGACUCACAACAGCAGAAGGUAACAGUAAGUGGUAACAUUGACUCAGAAAUUCUGGUUAAGAAGCUGCAGAAAACAGGUAAACAUGCAGAAAUAUGGAAUGAAAAAACAUCACAAGAAAAACCCAAGAAAAAUGAAAAACAAAUUACCCAAGUGAAAGAUCAAACACCCCAAAAAAAUGAAUCCAAGAUCACAAAACCAACUAAUGCAGAGAACAAAGCUAUAUCGAAAAACAACACCAAUUCCGACAAGAAGGGGAAUCAGAACCAGAAUCCGAAUCAGAAUCAGAAUCAAAACCCGAAUCCUAAACCCGCGACAGACACAGGAAGUGCAGGGAAUGGCGGAAAAACGAAGAAAAAUAAAGGGCAAAAAGGUAAUAGUGUUGGUGUCGGGAAUGGUGGAUUGAUUGCUACAGGAUUACAGAAUGUAAAUCAAGUUAAUAUCAGCCCUACAUUUGAACAAAUAAGUCUGUUUCAGCCGAAUCAAACAUCUGCUACAAUUCAUAUGAUGAACUAUAAUGGAGGUAAUCCUAGUAAAUUAGGGUAUGGUGUUUCUUACCAAAUUUCAACACCAUAUAUUUCCUGCAAUCCUACAAAUGAACAGUUAGAGAGUUACCAAAUGCAGGCUAGUUCAUUUACUUCCUUUGAUAUAUUCAGUGAUGAAAACCCUAAUGGGUGUUCUAUUAUGUAGGAGUAAUGUCUUUUUCCCACUUUUUUUUGAGUUAAUUUUGGUGUACUAAGAACUGUUUCUUGGCAUUGAUGUACUAAAAGCAAGUAGUGUAUCAGUAUGCAUUGAUAUUGUAGGGUAAUGAGUAUCUUCUGCUGGUUACAAUUUGGUUAGACAUGGUUUAAAUGAAGGGAAUAUGUUGUAAAUGUAAAGCUAAAUGAAGCUAGUGGGUGCACUGCUGAUCAAUCAUGUUGAGACUUGAGGUCAUUUUUCAUGUGUACAAAUUUUAAAAGAAAAAAUUGCAAACUACAAUCUUUUAAAGCCACUCAGGUUAUCAGGUUGAUUUUAAAUCAGAUGCUUUGAGUCGGUUUAAAAUCGAUUUUUGCAUCCACAUUGUUUUUUACAUUAUUAUAAAUUCAUUUUUAAGUCGGGUCAAAUUGGGUUCGGUUACAAGGUCAGGUGAAUAUUGAGUCAUUAGGUCUGUUUUGAAUGAACACCUCUAACUACUUGUAACUUUUUUUGGACUACGGGAU